GAGUAUCUAACAACUCCAGAUGAGGACCAUUUUCUGCAUUAUUUUCAGUCUGUUUUACGGUGUGGCCAAGUGAUCCAGUCCUGAGUUGGACUUUCACCUUAACAGCCAUGAGCACUCAACAAUCAUGACUGAGAGAUUUGCUAAGAUGAGGACCAUUUUCUGCAUUAUUUUCACUCUGCUUUACGGUGCAUCCUCAAAAACCAUCAAUGUUGCCACAAAUGGAAAAGUGACAUUACAGUCCCAUGUUGAAGGAGAGAUAGAAAACAUUGUGUGGAUGCAUGAUGGGGACAAGAUGGUGGACUGGGACAAUAAGGCUGUAAACAUCAGAGAAUAUUUCAAAUUCAAAGGGCGGAUUAAGUUGGAUGUAAAAACUGGGGAUGUAACCUUUAUUCGUCUGACCAAAGAUGACAGUGGAUUGUAUGAGGCUGUAGUGAUAAUACAAGGACGGAUCAUCAGCAUAAAGCACAGAGUUAAAGUAACUGACCCUGUCACUGAAGCUAAGGUCACCUGCCUAAGCAAUGCAACACUUCACUGUGAGGCAGAGGGUGACUCUCUGGACUACAGCUGGUUUGGGCCUGGACUGCAGACUGCAGAGAUGAGGGGCCAGACUGGACCACAGAUCAGUAAGGAGAACCAGGACUCAGUCUACACCUGUGUGGUGAACAACCCAGUUAGUCACAGCAGUGUGACCUACCAUGCCAGUGGCUGCUUUGCCUCAGACCCUGUCACUGAAGCUAAGGUCAUCUGCCUAAGCAAUGCAACACUUCACUGUGAAGCAGAGGGUGACUCUCUGGACUACAGCUGGUCUGGGCCUGGACUGCAGACUGCAGAGAUGAGGGGCCAGACUGGACCACAGAUCAGUAAGGAGAACCAGGACUCAGUCUACACCUGUGUGGUGAACAACACAGUUAGUCACAGCAGUGUGACCUACCAUGUCAGGGACUGCUUUGCCUCAGACGCAGGAGAUCAUCAGCUCAUUCUACGUGUAGUGUCUGCUGUUAUUGGAGUUAUUGGAGUUAUUUGUAUUGGUGCUGCUGGGUUGGUCUAUUACUGCUACAAGAUCAACUCAAGAGGGCAGAAACACACUGGAAAUGAGAACAAACGUGAGACAACUGAAAAGAUUAUACCCAACCAAAAGGAGGAGACUGUAGUAUUGCUCCCUGGAAGGCAUCAAGCUUCAUUCUGGAACUCAGUUGAUGGUGAACCUACAGGUGGUGAUCAAGACAAGAUAAAUCGUAUAACAGUCAGUCAAGCUACUCCCACAGAAGCAACAUAUACCUGUGACGGUUUUUCAGUCCCCGAGGCGGCCACCACACUGCGGUCCAACAUUCACAUGUCUCGUUACAACAAGGCGUUCCUUUUGAGGCAAAAAAGAAACAAAGAAGACCAAGAGAAAGCCACUUCCACAUGAGAAAGGAACAAACACAUGGACAGUGUAACAAAACCAUCAACAAAUCCCCCUCAGUCUUGAUGUAGUGAUGUUCAGGUGACAUGAAUAUUAUGGAGGGGACAUGUGGAAAUGAGAAAGGAACAAACACAGUAACAGAAGAACAUAACCGAACCACCGUUCAGUCACUCUCUGGAUCAGCAGGAAGCAUCAGGAAUGAUGACAUCAUCAACACAUUACCACAUGGAGGGCAGGAAGAGGGAAUCCAGGUUGAUGAUAGUUGUACACACUUCAAAAGAUAAUGAAGUUCAAAAGAAGGUUUAUAGACAAUAGUUAUCCAGACUUCAACAGAUAAUCAAGAUACAAAAUUUCCUGAAGAACCAAACACAUAUGCUAAUUCUUCCAACACUACUGUUGACAAACCUACAAGUGAGGUUUAAACUGAAAUAUCAAUGACUGAAGGUAAAAGUAAUUCAGCAUCUGUGAAGUGCCUUUAAAUAAGUUCCUUUGGCUUAAUGUUAACCCUUUCAGGAGUCACGUGGGACCGCCGAGGGUGAUGGUUGCCUAGAACUUUCCUCCCACAAAAUCUCCUAAUUUUCAUGCCAAUUCGAAAGUUAAAGCCCAUAUUUGAUGUUGCAACGAUAUGUAAAGUAUAGCAAGUAACAAGUACGAGUGUUUAGGCGUGGCUAUUCUGAAUUUUCCUCCCCUCAUGGCAUUUACGUCGAAGAGUAGAACAGCUAAGCAAGGAGUAGACUAUGCUAGCAUGGCUAGUGGAGCUACACCCAAGGCAGGAUCCAACUCAGCCGGUGUUCCCAGCCCUACAAUAGAUGCCCUAGCCGGACUUCAGGCAACACUGGAGAAAACAAUGCAUGAGAUGGCCUAGGUUAGUGGGAUACUUAAAGAUGAAAUGUAGCCUAAUUGAAUGGUCACAGGAUCCGGAGUUGG